AUGUGGAUGGACUAUUUCGAGGAAGAUAAAGGAAAGCCCCGCGCCCGCGGCUCCCCAACUCCAGGCCCCCUCCUCCGCGGUGCCGCAGGGGUUCCCGCCCGCGGGCCGCCCUGCCCCAGGGCCUGGAGCGGGGACUGGACCGUAGGGCGCCGCACGCCUCCCCGCCGGCCGGGUGCCCAGGUCCCUCGCUCCCCGGACGCCUCACAGGUGCGGGGAGGGCGCCGCGGGCCGCCCCGCGCUCAGCCCCGCGCCCGCGCCCGCGCAGCCAUUGUCUCCGCUCCUCCGCCGCAGGCGCGCUCUGCGGGCGGCGCGGCCUCGGUCUCCCGCGCUCCGUCCCGCUCUCCCGCCGCCGGCCGCCCGCGGGCACCGGGUCCGCAGCUCGCCUACCUCCUGCGGCGGCUUCCGGACGCGGCGCGGGCCCCGGGGUUAGCGGCGAGCGGAGGCGGAGGCGCCUCGGGACCCUCUGACCAUCUUUGGAAGAGGCGCGGCUUAGGCUUUCUGCUAGUGCAGCUCCAGCCCACAACGGCUCCUAUUUUGGUGCCCCAGCUGCUCCCGCCUCCAAACCAACAGCCCCCCGCGCGCUCCGGGCGCGGGGCCACGCGCGGGAACUCCCGGGCGGCUCGGCCACCGUGCGGGCAGGGGCGGGGCGGGCCGACGGCGCGCGGCUGCGGCCCCUCCCAGUGGUUCCCCCCGCAGCAGGUGGGAUGGCUUCCCGGGGGACCACCCCGCCUGGGCCGCCAGCUUUUCCCUCCGCUGGGGUCUGCCUCUCCAGCACAUAUACCCCCUGAGCAUUUGCUCUCCUAG